CCGGGGCGCACAGCCGGGGCUGGGGCUCGGGGGAAGCCGCUGCUCGCCCCCGCUGCCUCCGGGGAAGAUGGCGAGGGAGGCCGAGGAGGGAGGCGAGAGGCUGGGGAGGGUGUUGAGAGGGUUACUGGGGAUACUGGUGCUACUGGUGGUGCCGCCCGCCGCCGCCGCCGCCAGCCCCGCAGCUUCGUUCCCCGGAGACGUGAACGGGCACAGCCUGCACCCGCCCUACUUCAACCUGGCCGAGGGCACCCGCAUCUCCGCCACCGCCACCUGCGGGGAGGAGGCGGUGGGAGCCGGCAGCCGCCGAGCCGUGGAGGAUCUGUACUGCAAGCUGGUCGGGGGGCCGCUGGCCGGGGGGGACCCCAACCAGACCAUCCAGGGCCAGUACUGUGACAUCUGCUCCUCGGCGAACAGCAACAAGGCGCACCCCAUAACCAACGCCAUCGAUGGGACAGAGCGCUGGUGGCAGAGCCCCCCACUGUCCCGGGGGCUGGAGUUCAACCAGGUCAACGUCACUCUGGACCUUGGACAGCUCUUCCACGUGGCGUAUGUCCUGAUCAAAUUUGCAAAUUCUCCUCGUCCUGACCUCUGGGUGCUGGAGCGAUCUACUGACUUCGGCCUUACCUACGAGCCCUGGCAGUAUUUUGCCUCUUCCAAGAGGGACUGCAUUGAGAAGUUUGGACUGCACACCGUGGAUCGUAUCACCAAGGACGACCACGCUAUCUGCACUACUGAGUAUUCCCGGAUCGUGCCUUUAGAAAAUGGGGAGAUUGUUGUCUCUCUCGUAAACGGGCGCCCAGGAGCCAUGAACUUCUCCUACUCUCCUCUCCUGCGGAAUUUCACAAAAGCCACCAACAUCAGACUGCGCUUCCUGCAGACAAACACGCUGCUUGGGCACCUGAUGGGCAAAGCUUUAAGGGACCCUACAGUGACCAGGAGGUAUUACUACAGCAUCAAAGAUAUCAGCAUUGGAGGGCGCUGUGUCUGCCAUGGCCAUGCAGAUGUCUGUGAUGCCAAAGACCCCAACGACCCUUACAGGCUGCAGUGCGACUGCCAGCACAACACCUGCGGAGGGUCCUGCGAUCGCUGCUGCCCGGGCUUCAACCAGUUCCCGUGGAAGCCUGCCACUGCCGACAGCGCAAACGAAUGCCAGCCUUGCAACUGCAAUGGCCACGCCUAUGACUGCUAUUACGACCCCGAGGUGGAUCGCCACAAAGCCAGCAAGAGUCGUGAAGACAGAUACGAAGGAGGAGGUGUCUGCAUUGACUGCCAGCAUCACACCACUGGCAUUAACUGUGAGAGGUGCAUCCCAGGAUACUACCGCUCCCCUGACCACCCGAUCGACUCUCCCUACAUUUGCUAUCGCUGUAACUGCGAGUCUGACUUCACCGAUGGCACCUGUGAGGACCUCACCGGCCGCUGUUACUGCAAGCCCAAUUACACCGGGGAGCGCUGCGAUGCCUGUGCCGAGGGAUACCUCGACUUCCCCCACUGCUACCCUGUUCCAGCUUUUGCUUACAACGAUACCGGAGAACAAGUGCUCCCUGCGGGACAGAUAAUAAACUGUGAUUGCUACGCCGGUGGGACGGAAGGCAACGCCUGUCGCAAGGACCCUCGGGUGGGGAUGUGCGUGUGCAAACCCAACUUCCAGGGGACACACUGCGACCAGUGCGCUCCAGGCCACUACGGACCCAGCUGCCAGCCCUGCCAGUGCUCCGGCCCCGGUCAGUACGAUGGCACUUGUGACAGCGAGACAGGACAGUGUCUGUGUCGAACGGGAUUUGAAGGGCACUCGUGUGAUCAGUGCGCUCCCGGCUACUUCAACUACCCGCUGUGCCAGCUGUGCGGCUGCAGCGCUGUCGGGACGCUGCCGGGAGGCUGCGACUCCUCCGGGAGGUGUUUCUGCAGGCCUGAGUUUGCCGGGCCAAGGUGUGAGCAGUGCAGCGCUGGGCACCACUCCUACCCCCACUGCUACGCCUGUUCCUGUGAUUCCCGAGGUGCGGUGGACAACAACUGCAGCCCAGCUGGCCAGUGCCGAUGCCAGGCGAAUUUUGCAGGGCACACCUGCAGCCAGUGCGCCCUGGGCUUCUACGGCUACCCCAGCUGCACACCUUGCCAGUGCUCCAGGGAGGGCUCUCUGCACAGCACGUGUGACCAGGAAACAGGGCAGUGCAGCUGCCGGCCCAAAGUGACGGGACAGCGCUGCGAUAGCUGCGUGCCAGGCGCCUAUGGAUUUCCACACUGUGAAGUGGGCUCCUGUAACCCUGCGGGGUUGAUGACUGCAGAUCCCUCACUGGCCCCGGGCUCCUGUGCGUGUCGGGCGUACGUUGAAGGCCCAGCUUGUGACAGAUGCAAGCCCUUGUACUGGAACCUGACUCCGGAGAAUCCCUACGGCUGCACGAGCUGCAAGUGUGAUACCAAGGGCACCAUCAGCGGAAUCGCAGAGUGCCAGCAGGGUGAUGGGCAGUGUUUCUGCAAACCGAACACCUGUGGCCAGUUCUGCUCAACAUGCAAGGAUGGCUACUUCAGCAUGGAGAAUGCAAAUUACUUUGGCUGCCAAGGCUGCCGCUGCGACGUUGGCGGGUCCCUGGGGCCAUCCUGCGAGGAGCGGAGCGGAGCCUGUCGCUGCCGUCAGAGCACACGCGGCCCCACCUGCUCUCAACCUGCCCGGGACCAUUAUUUCCCUGACCUUCACCACCUGAAAUUUGAGCUGGAGGAAGGGACCACGCCAGCCGGCCGGGCCGUGCGCUUUGGCUACAACCCCCUGGAGUUUGAGGGGUUCAGCUGGCGAGGAUACGCGCAGAUGUCCUCCAUCCAGCCCAAGGUAGUGGUGACCCUCAAUGUGACUUCCCCCGACCUCUUCCGCCUCGUCUUCCGCUACGUCAGCCGGGGGCCCGCCAGUGUGGAAGGGAGGGUCUCGGUCGUUGAGGAAGGAAAGUUUAAUGUUUGUGACAACUGUACAGAGCAGACCAAGCAGAUUGUCUUUGCACCCAGCACAGAGCCAGCCUUUGUCACCGUCCCCCAGAACAGCUUUGGGGAGCCAUUCGUACUCAACCCCAACACCUGGUCUCUGGUUGUUGAAGCAGAGGGUGUGCUGCUGGACUACCUGGUUUUGCUGCCCAGCUCAUACUAUGAAGCUCCAAUCCUGCAGCUAAAGGUCACGGAGCCCUGUACAUACCAACCAGCCCCAGAACAAGCUACCCAGAACUGCCUCUUGUAUAAGUACCUGUCUGUGGACGGCUUCCCUGCGGUGUCCGGGGUGGACGCGGUGUGCAGGCUGGAUAACCGCUUACCCAGAGGGUGUCCCACGGAGCAGCUCACGCUUUUCCAUCCCUGGAUGGCGACGUGCAGCGGCAACGAUGUGGAAGUCCAGUUGUCGCUGCCUAUUGCUCAGCCCGGACAAUACGUGCUGCUGGUGGAGUACGCCAACACCAACGCUUUGCAGACAGUCGGCGUUGCUGUCAGCUCGCCACACCUGGCCAUGCAGCAGGGCACCUUCACCUUCUACCCGUGUGUCUACAGUUUCCUUUGUCGAGGGAUUGCUGUAGAUUCCCAGAGCCGCUUGGCAACUUUUGAACUUACCUCAGAGGCCACAAUUCGGUUCAUCGCUGAUCUGGCUGACUUCUUCCUGCACAAGGUGUACCUCGUACCCGCUGCUCAGUUCACCAUGGAGUUUGUCGAGCCAAAGGUGCAUUGCAUCAGUGUCCAUGGCACGUUCUCAUCCAACAGCAGUUCCUGCAUUCCCUCAAGGUUUAUGAAGCUUUCCCAGUCAAUCAUUUUGGAGGGGGGGCAGGCUCUGCCCAUUGCCUCUGAUGUUCCCCUGGCUCAGGCAGUCCAUGUGGUUCCAGCCGGGGUCCCGCUGGAGCCUGCACCUCGGCCUCCCACAGCUGUGGACCCCACUGCAAAACUCAUCCUCCUGCAACAGCCCCAGGAUGCUGUUGUGUUCAACAGCCGAAUUCAGAACCUGGGACGCUACGCCUUCAUCCUGCACUACUACCAGCCCAACCACCCCACCUUCCCUGUGGAAGUGUUAAUCAACGGGGGGCGCAUCUGGCAAGGUCAGACCAAUGCGACCUUCUGUCCCCAUGGCUAUGGGUGCCGGAGCCUGGUAGUUUCUGAGGACCAGAUUAUCCUGGACGUUACUGAUAAUGAUCUGACUGUGGUGGUUCGAGUGCCAGAGGGCAAGCAGCUGUGGUUGGAUUACAUCCUUGUGGUGCCAGAAGACAGCUACAGCUCUCAGUACCUGCAGGAGGAACCCCUGGACAAGUCCUAUGACUUCAUCAGCAGCUGUGGCAUUAACAGCUUCUACAUCAAUCCCAGCACAUCGUCGAGGUUUUGCCGCGACUCUGCCAUCUCCCUGUCUCUCUUCUACAACAACGGGGCGCAGCCCUGCCAGUGCCAUGAGGCUGGGGCACGGGGCAGCCAGUGUGAGCCCUUUGGCGGGCAGUGUCCCUGCAAGUCCAACGUCAUCGGGCGAGAGUGCUCCCGCUGUGCCACCGGCUACUGGGGCUUCCCCAACUGCAGGCCCUGUGAUUGUGGGACACGUCUCUGUGACGAAGUGACGGGGCAAUGCAUCUGCCCUCCGCACACCCUGAAGCCGGAAUGCAUUGUCUGUGAGCCCCAGACCUUUGGCUGCCACCCCCUCAUCGGGUGCGAGGACUGCAAUUGCUCUCGGCAGGGCGUGCAGGAGCUGACAGAGCCAGGCUGCGAUGUGGACAGCGGGCAGUGCAGGUGCAAGCCCAAUGUCAUAGGGCGUCAGUGCGACCUCUGUGCCCCCGGCUACUACCACUACCCCAACUGCCAGCGCUGCGACUGCCACCCAGCUGGCACGGAAGCGAGCACGUGCGAUCCGGUCACAGGGCAGUGUCACUGCAAGGAAAACGUGGAGGGCCCGAGGUGUGACCAGUGCCGCCUGGGGACAUUUUCUUUGGAUGCCAGUAACCCCAAGGGUUGCACCAAGUGUUUCUGCUUUGGUGCGACCGAUCGCUGCCGCAGCGCUGAGAAGUACCGAGCUGAGUUCAUUGACAUGAACAGGUGGCUCUUGCUGAGCAGUGACCGCCAGGAAGUGCCAACAUCCCUGAGCCUGCAGGAGCAGCUCCUCCGCGCUGAUCUCAAGAACCUCCCAGAUGCCUAUCAGGAGCUCUACUGGGUUGCACCCAGCUCCUACCUCGGGGACCGGGUUUCCUCCUACGGUGGCCACCUGCGCUACGAGCUCCACUCCGACCCCCGGAGGGGCGACGUUUUCAUUCCAAUGGAGUCCCGCCCCGAUGUGAUCCUGAAGGGAAAUCAGAUGAGCAUCAUGUUUCUGGAAGGCUCCUACCCAUCCCCAGGGGGAGUACAUGAAGGUCAGCUGCAGCUGGUGGAGGGUAACUUCAGGCACACGGAGACGCACAACCCUGUGUCUAGAGAGGAGCUCAUGAUGGUGCUGGCAAACCUGGAGCAGCUGCAAAUACGGGCACUCUUCUCCCAACUCUCCUCAUCUGUGUCCCUGCGCCGUGUGGUCCUGGAGAUUGCAACGGAUACAGCUACGGGCAUCCAAGCCAGCAACGUGGAGUUGUGCUUUUGCCCAGCUAACUACCAGGGAGACUCCUGCCAGGAAUGUGCUCCAGGUUACUACAGGGACACCAAGGGGCUAUUUUUGGGAAAAUGCAUCCCAUGUCAUUGCAACGGCCACUCAGAUCAGUGCCUGCCAGGGUCUGGGAUAUGCCUUAACUGCCAGCACAACACAGAGGGAGACCACUGCGAGCAGUGCAAGGACGGCUACGUGGGCAGCCACUCUGCUGAAGGGUCCCUGCAGUGUGUCGGAUGUCCGUGUCCUCUUUCCGUUGCCUCCAACAAUUUUGCUGUCGGUUGUGUCCGCAAGGGCUCCAACAUGCAGUGCCUCUGCAAGCCGGGCUACGCGGGACCCAACUGUGAGCGGUGUGCCCCAGGAUACUACGGCAAUCCCUUGGUGAUUGGCAGUUCAUGCCAGCCCUGCGACUGCAGCAGGAACACGGAUCCCAACAUGCUCUUCAGCAGCUGCGACUCCCUGACGGGUGCCUGCACGGGGUGCAUGCACCACACAGCCGGUGCACGGUGCGAGGUCUGCGCCCCUGGCUUCUAUGGGGAUGCAGUGACAGCCAAGAACUGCACGCAGUGCAACUGUUCACCUUGCGGGACCGACUCAUGUCACCCACAGACUGGCCAGUGCUUCUGCAAGGCCGGGGUGACAGGCCAGCACUGCGACCGCUGCCAGGAGGGGUACUACGGCUUCGAGGGAUGCUCCGGCUGCCAGAGGUGCGACUGCGACGUCGGUGCUGUGGGGAGCAGCUGCCACGUGCAGACGGGACAGUGCAGCUGCCUGCCCGGCAGUCAGCGGCCUCGCUGCCAGCAGUGUGCCCCUGGCUACUGGGGCUUCAGCGAGAGGGGCUGCAGAAAGUGCGAGUGCAGAGGGGGCUCCUGUGACCCGCGCACCGGGGAGUGCACCUGCUCCAACGGGCUGACGGGGAAGCAGUGCGACGUCUGCAUGCACGACUACGAGAUCCCGGUGGCCAACGGCCCGGACAGCAUGAGGUGUGAAGUGUGUGAUAGCUGUGUCCUGCUUCUGCUGGAGGAUCUGCAGAGCAUCGAGAUGUCCUUGCCCUCCAUCCGCAACCAGCUGGUCAACCUCAACGCCAGCUCCAUCGCCUGGGCUCGCCUCCACGGCCUCAACAGUACCCUGGCAGCUAUCGCUAACCAGAUGCGUGAGUACCAGAGAGCUGUGAGCAAGGUCAGGCAAAGGGCUGAUGAGCUGGAGGAUGAGAACACGGACCUCACGCAGGACUUGAAUGCACUGCAGCACAAAAUGACAAUGACUCACAGAAAAGCAAACCAUUUAGAUGAGAAUACAAGAGAGACUUAUCAGAGAGGGGAGCAACUCCUGCUGGAUAUCCGGAGUAUUCAGAAAAGCAUUGGAGACUUGGUGCGGCAGAUGGCCCAGUUCGGGGCGGCAAACGCCAGUACCACCUCCACGGAGGAGUUUCGGCAGAAGAUGGCUGAGGUGGAGAGGAUGCUGAGGGAGAUGAAGGAGCGGAAUCUGGGCAGCCAAGAAGAGCUGGCGAGGCGCGAGCAUGAGGAAGCUCAGAAGCUGUUACAUCGGGUGAAGCACGAGUUUCAUUCCCACUGGGAGUCCAACCGGGACCUGGUGAGCAGCAUCCAGGACCGUCUGGCCCAGCACAGCUCCCAGCUGAUGGAUCUCCGCGAUGCCCUCAACGAGGCCGUGAACAAGACCAGGCAGACAGAGGACUUGAACAGUCUGAACCGCAACAACCUGGAGGAGAGUCAGCAAAAGAGCCGUGAGCUCCAGAAGCAGUACGGGCUGGUGCAGGAGACCCUGAGGAUGGCUGAGGACUCCCUGGCCCAGGUCUCCAACUUCCUACAGAAGAUGGAGAGCGCAAAGGAGGAGUACGAGAAGCUGGCAGCACUGCUGGAUGGAGCGAAGCUGCCCCUGACAGAGCGGGUCAAGAAAUUCUCCCCAGCCAGCAGCAAGAUCCCCAUUGUGGAGCAGGCGGAGGAGCACGCCCGGCUCCUGAGCGAGCUCGCCAAGAACCUGUCCAGCAUUAUCCAGGGCACAAACCAAGAUGGCUUUAUCCAGAGGGCGAUUGAUGCCUCCAACGCCUAUGCCAGCAUCAUUGAAGCUGUGAGAAAAGCUGAGCGAGCAGCCCAUGAUGCCGAUGAGGCAGCUGGCGAGGCUUUGAUGAAUGUCAUAUCAGAAAAUCUCGGGGCCAUCUCUAAAGAGCUGAAGAGGAACAGCAGCAAUCUUGAGGAGUCUGUGAUGAGAGAGCAGAGAAAACUCAAUGGAGCUAUUAAAGGCACUCUGCAGACAGCGAAGGACAAGCUGGCCGACCUCCGCACGAAAAAGGAGCAGCUUCUGAACCAGCUGCAGUCUGUGCAAGACAUGCUGGGACGGGACCAAGAGGACACAAAGGAAGAGAUCCAGAAAGCCAAAGCAGCAGCAACAGAGGCCAACGAAACAGCUUCAAGAGUGGAAGAUACCCUGAGCACCAUGAGGAGGAACCUGGAUGAGUGGAAGGACAAGUAUGGAGGCCUUCGAAACGAAGACCUGAACCGAGCAGUCCAAGACGCCAAGAAAUCUGUGUCCAGCCUGGAAAGCACCAUCCCGCUCCUGCUGGGGACGCUGAGCAGCCUGGAGAACAGGAGGAACAAGAAUGCCACCGUGUCAGAGAACAUCGUGCGGAUCCGGCAGCUCAUCACGCAGGCGAGGAACGCCGCCAGCAAGGUGAAGGUACCCAUGAAGUUCAACGGCAGCUCAGGUGUGCAGGUCCGGAUGCCCAGCAACCUGCAGGAUUUGGCAGCCUACACAUCCCUCAAAUUUUACAUCCAAAAUCCUGAGCCCAGGAGCCGGCAGCAACGGCAGGAUGGGGCAGAAGAGGGGCGGUUCGUGUUGUACCUGGGCAGCCGAGAGGCCACUGGAGACUACCUGGGUAUCGUGCUCAAGGACCACAAAGUGCAGUGGGUCUACAAACUGGGUAACGAGGAGCCAGCUUCCCUGACGGUCGAUGAGGAGAUCGGAGAGCAGUUCGCCACCAUCAGCAUUAACCGGAUACUGCAGUACGGGCAAAUGUCGGUGAUUGUGGAAAGGCAGACGGUGCACGAGACCAAGGGAGACAGCGUGGCCAAGGGGGAACAGGGGCUGCUCAACCUCGACCCACACAACGUGGUCUUCUAUGUGGGCGGCUACCCCGCCAGCUUCACGCCCCCUCCCACUCUGCGUUAUCCCAACUACCGUGGGUGCCUGGAGCUGGACACACUGAACGAGGAGGUGGUGAGUCUGUACAACUUCCAGCACACCUUCCAGCUGGACACCACCUCUGAGAAGCCCUGCGCGAGGUCCAAGUCCACAGGAGAUCCCUGGCUGACUGACGGCUCCUACUUUGAUGGUACCGGGUAUGCAGAGAUCAAGUUUGAGAGCCAGUUUGGUACAACCAAGCGCUUCGAGCAGGAGAUCCGGCUUGUCUCCUAUAACGGCAUCCUCUUCUUCCUGGAGAAUCAGGGUCAGUUCCUGUGUCUGGCCAUCCGGGACGGGAAGCUGGUGCUUUACUACGACUUCAGCACAGGCCUGGAGGUGGCAAAACCCAGCAGCAACUCGUCCUCCCUCACCGUCAGCAGCACCACGAACAAAGCGAUCCAGAUCUUCCUGCUGAAGAUGAACAACAAGAAGCGCAUCCUGGUGCGGCUGGAGCGCCUCACCAUCUUCAUGGUGGAGCAGGAGAACUCCCUAGAGAAUGCUGUCUCCUACUACCUGGGCGGCGUGCCCCCAGCUUUGCUACCCCCCAGCUUGAAAGCACUCUUCCCCACGGGUGGGCCCAUCCGGGGCUGCAUGAAGGGCUUGAAGGCCCUUGGCAAAUACGUUGACCUGAAGCGCAUGAACACCGUUGGCGUGAGCUACGGGUGCACCUCAGACCUUUUGGUGGCUCGCUCAGUCAGUGUCCACGGCCACGGCUACCUGACCCUGGCCCUGAAGGACGUGCCAGGGCUGCGGGACUUCUACAGUGGCUUCAGCUUCCAGACGAGCCAGCACGAGGGGCUGCUGUACCACCACGCUACCCAGGAGGGGAUGUGCCAGGUGUCCCUCCAGAGGGGACAGCUGGCCUUGAACCUGCUGGAUACCAAAAUCACCACUGAAAACGCCUACGCAGAUGGCCGGGCCCACUACGUGGCCUUCUACAGUGACAGCCGUGGGGUGCGGCUGUACGUGGACGACGAGCUGCAGGACACCACGGCAGGGGCCAGGCCCAGCCGGCGGCAGCGACGGCAGGAUGCACAGAUGUUAUUCCAGCUCGGGGGCUCGCCAGAGCCAGGUGCCCUCAGCAACCUCACCGGCUGCAUCGCCAACGUCUUUGUCAAGAGGAGGUCAGAGCCACAGAUGGUGGUGGACCUGCAACAGAACGUGGAGAGCAUCAAUGUCACCAUGAGCUGUCCCUGGGGAGAGCAGCCACAGCAGCUUCGAGCUGCCCUGAAGAAGGACAGAAGGAAACCCAAGGUAUCGGGCAAGCCCCUCUCAAAGGACCGCCGCCAUAACCGGGAGGGGCUCUGCCAGCUGCCCCACGCAGAUGAGGGCACCUUCCGCUUUGGGGGCACCCCAAGCAGCCGCUGGGAGUUUGAGGAGAUCCCAGCCUCCUUCAGCCAGAGGUCCCACUUCUCCCUGGAGGUGAAGCUGAACUCCUCCAAUGGGCUGCUCUUCUACGUGGCGGGCAAGCGGGGCACCUUCAUGGCUCUCUUUGUCUCCAACGGCCGCUUCGUCUUUGUGGUGGCUGUGGGCAGGCAGCGCCUGCGCAUCCGCAGCAAAGACAAGUACCGGGACCGGCGGUGGCACACGGUCUUCUUCGGCAGAGACCAGCACCGAGCCCAGCUGGUCAUCGAUGGGCUGCGAGCCCAGGAUGCUGCAGUGGCCACCACAGGGCUCUUCAUGGCCCAGAGCCCCUUCUACGUGGGGGGGGUCCCAGCUGGAAAAGCCAAGGUUCAUGUGCCGGACACAUCAGCCUCCAGCUUUGAUGGCUGCCUGAGGAACCCGCAGCUGGAUGGAAAGCCCCUGGGUGCCCCCUCCUACUCCUUUGGGGUGACGCCAUGCUACGAGGGUGCUCUGGAGAGCGGGGUCUUCUUUGCUGCAGAGGGUGGCUCCAUCAGCUUAGCUGAUGCAGUGGCAACUGGGCAGGACCUGGAGGUGUCCCUGGAGGUCCGUCCCCGCAGCGCCUCUGGGCUCAUCUUCCACAUUGGCACAAGAAGGAGUCACCACCUCCUGCUGUACAUGGAGGAGAUGAAGGUCACCGUGAGAGCGAACACUGGGUCUGAUGAGUUCCAGACAUUGCUGCCGUGCCCAUCUCUCUGCGACGGGCAGUGGCACACCAUCACAGUUACCAAAUGGAAAAACGUCCUCCAGCUCAACGUGGACACGGAACGAAACUACACAAUGGGGCCCAGCCAGCCUCCUGCACCCAGCACAAAGGCGACCUUCUACCUGGGAGGGCAGCCAGCAGCAACAGAGCAGGCCAGCACAGCGCCAUCGUUACCUCCCCUCCCUCACUAUGUGGGCUGUAUGAGGAAUCUGCUGAUCAACCGGAGCCACAUGAACCUGCAGCAAACCGGGACCAUCAGGGGCUCCGUGGGCCUUAGGGGCUGCCCCGUGCUGUAAGUAAGUGCACCUCAGCGUACGGCCUGGCCGACAGACACCGCCCCGCUCCCUGGGCCCCCACCAUCACCUCCUCGUUGCCAUUAGCUGUGGCCAAACGUACCAGACCUGCAGCAAAUGCAGCGCGAGCCUCCAGGCACCAGGCUGGGGCCAAAACCACGGAGGGGCCACGAAUCCAUGGGGAAGGAGGGCAGGGGAGGAAGGUGGAGAGAAGGGGGCACUUUAGAGGCAUUUUUCACAAAUAUAACCAAAAAGUUGGAGCAGGAUGCGGAGACAGCUCCGACUCCUUCCCCAGUGGUCCAGCAUCUGCAACAGGACUCGUGCUGACACGCAGCUCGUGUUAGGAGCAGCUGUCCCUGCCAAACGUGGGCUGAAGCACACAGCAGCUGUGCAUCGUGUCCCAAACCCUGUUCCCCUCACACUGCACGUAGGUUUAGGUCACAGAACACUUGAGGCAGUUAGUAACAGUCACAGGCUGUCUUCUGCUAAAGGCUGGAGGCAGUUUCUGUUGUAUAAUGCAAUUAGGACAAACUGGAUUAAUUCCGUCACUUUUGUGUUUUUAUAAGCAAGGCUGCAUUGAACCCUGCCCCCAAGGUCAGGCUCGGUUCACCUGCUGCCGUUACACAAAUAAAGAGCUCUGCGAGGGGGGGCCUUGGACAAAAUUCUGCUCUCAGAAUUAGCAUCUGCCUAUCAGAUUAAUUUAUAAGAUUUUAAAAAAAGAGGAACAAAAUAGGCUGGAAGAACUGCUGAGCGAAAGCAGGCCGUCACAGCCACCACGGAGCUCUCUGCAGUUACAUUCAGCUCUUUGCUACUACUGACAAAGUCCUGUUGUAUGAAGCAAGAACCUGUUGUUUGAAAGGGAAGUACUGAAGAAAGGUUACCUCUGUCCGGAGCUGCGAUGUCACUUUGCCAUCACCUCCCCUGCCACCAGCUGCCUUCUCCCAUUCAGCCUAACUCACUCCUGUUACAGUGCAGGCUUCACUUGAACACCACACCUUUUCUCCCAAGACACCUAGUUCACUUGUGCACUUACACAUCAUUUAUAUAUUUGUGUGUGUAUAUAUAUCUAGCCACCUGGGGACAAAAUCUUGCUUCUGAAACGGACUUAUAACUUAUAUCAUAUUGUUUUUUAUGAGGGGUAAAUAUUGUAAAAUGGGUUUUUAACAUGUCCAUCUUCAAUGUAAUUAUGACCUGUUUUUAAGUUGUAGUAUUAAAGAUGGUCUUUGUAAAUCACUGGUACAUACUUUGGAGUCAAAUAAAGUUUUAUGUUAUUCUCUUUCA